CCGCUGACCACAAAAGACGAUCAAACCAAAAAAGUGAAAUACACUAGAAUUUGUGUGUUUGAAAUACAUACCAAUUUCUUGCUCGAUUUCUUCACAACUACACAAACAAUCGACUUGAGACGCAAAAUGUCAUCUGAGAACGUCGAAAUAUCAGAAUUGUUUAAUUUACACAGAUUUCCAGAUGGAUUUUCGCUAUUCUUUUUAUUAUUCUAUGCACCGAUGGGACUUCUUCUGGUGGUUGUUCGAGUGUUUUUCUCCUUACAAUUAAUGUUGAUGUCAUUCAUUCUUCCAAAAGACUCUUUUGUUCGAAGAUGGCUGCUAAAAGUUUCCUCUGUUAUCAUUGGUAUUGUAGUCACACGUGAAGAUUAUGAAAAUUACUCUAAGGACAAGCAAAAGAUUGUUGUUUGUAAUAACAUCACCCACCUUGAUAAUGUUGCCAUGGAAAUUGCUGUUCCAUCCAUCAUGUAUGAAUACAUGAGCCCAAGUCCUUGGCUUAUUAACAAGGUACUUGGUUAUACAACAUUUGGAGGGACCAAAGAAAAGGAGAAUUUGAACUCAAGGGUUACUCAGCUUCUAACAGAAAUAGAUGUGCCUCUCCUAGUUUUUCCUGAGGAGUCAACAACUAAUGGUCAAAAAGGUGUACUAAAAUUCAAUCCAUGGUGCUUUGAGCUAUACAGAACUAUUACCCCUGUUACUUUAGAGGUCAAAAGGCCAUCAUUUCCUGAUAUAACUAAGUCUACCCUUAGCAGCAGCUGGUGCUCAGAUCUUUUCUGGUUUUUCUUUGUUCCUUAUACUCAGUUCCACAUCAGAUUCCUUCCUAGAAUGGACCGUAAUCAUGACCAAAGUGUUGAAGAAUUCAGUCAAGAAGUGCAAAAGGCAAUAGCUACAUCAUUGCAUUUAUCAGCAACAGAGUUCACAGCUCAGGAUAAAAACGCCUACAUCAAGCACCUCCAGCAGCAGCAAGAAGAGGAAGCUGCAAGACAAGCUAGGCAAGCCACUGCACCACCCACUCUGUCACGUCAUACAAGCUCCCCUUACCCUGCCCCAAGCAGGGAUACACGUUUACUGCGGAUGGCUCAGCAAGUUAGAGAGGUCUUACCACAAGUGCCGAUAGAUGUUAUACAGCGGGAUCUAAGUAAAAGUAGAUGUGUAGAUACCACCAUCUCUAAUAUCUUGGAAGGAAGAGUCCCUUACACCCCAGACAAGCCACCACAAUCAGCAACAUCGUCCACUAGCGCUACUCCUUCUCCCCCUAAAUCUUCUUCUGCUGCAAAAUUCUUCAAAUCAUCUGAUGCCAGGCAUAAAUCUUUUGAGGAAAGGAAGAAAGCGAUGAUAGAAGAAGCGAGAAGGAGGUACAUGGCGAAGCAUGGUCUCUGAUGUAUCACCCUCACACCAUAACCUACACUUGUAACAUGACACUUGUAAUAUUCAUUUCCGAAAGAAAAAGUAUGAUAUCCUCGGAAACCCAGGGCGUCGAGUUCACAGGCGCGAGAACGAGGCGGGACAAAGCCGACGGAGGGGGAGGGUAUAUCCACACAUGAGACAUGUGACUGUCUUGACUGGCUUACGGUAUUUAUCACAUAUUCAAAUAUAGAUUAUCUAUCCACCUAACCGGCGGAUUAUAAUUGUUCUAGUUUAUCUUUACGGGGACAGAACAAAAACAGAAAACAAAAUAAGCAAGGUUCAAGAUUAUUUUUAGAUGUCUACGUUACCUCAGAAUUGUGGAUGUAAGCAGUUGAAUAUGAAAAAUCUGUUACAAAAGGAAAUUGUGUUAUGAAUGGUUCAAUUAAAUGGAAAACAUGUAA